AGCUAAAUAUGUCUUUUUCACUUUCUCUCUCUCUCUUUGUGCGGUUGUGUUUUUGCAGCUUCCCUUACCUCUCUUUCAGAAGAAGACUCAACCAAAAAAAAAAGUUUCCUUUUCCUUUUAAUAAUUUUGUCAUGUGAUUUUUUUUCUUUUCUCUUUCCCUCCUUUUUUAAUCUUUGUUCUUUGUUCUUCUGUCUGCAAUCCCAUUUCAUCUUUUUUGGCCUCAUGAGGGGUUGAACAAUUAAUCUCUAAAAAUGGGUUGCAUCAGCUCCAAGAACGUCUCAUAUUUAGGGGACCAGAGUGCCUCACCGGUCCAAGACAGGGAAAACACCCCUGGACCGGACUUCUCCUCCACGAACCAGCACCAUCGAGUCUUUGUUGAUCAUUCAUUGGAGGCGAGUCAGAAUAUUAACAGACGGUCAAGGAAAUCGAAAAGAUUGGGCGGUUCUGAUUCAAGGGUUGGUAAGAGCCUGCUUUCCGGGCUGUCUCAUAGGAACAUAGAAGCUGAGCAUGCGGCUGCUGGUUGGCCAUCUUGGCUUUGUGAGGUUGCCUCUGAGGCUGUUCAUGGGUGGGUUCCUCUUAAGGCAGAGGCGUUCCAGAAGUUGGAGAAGAUUGGACAAGGAACAUAUAGUAGCGUUUUUCGAGCACGGGAAGUAGAAACCGGGAAAAUGGUGGCUUUGAAGAAGGUAAAGUUUGAUAAUCUUCAACCAGAGAGCAUUAGGUUUAUGGCAAGAGAGAUUUUGAUUCUACGCAAACUCAAUCAUCCCAACAUCAUGAAACUUGAGGGUAUUAUCACGUCUCGUGCGUCGAGCAGCAUUUAUCUUGUUUUCGAGUAUAUGGAACAUGAUCUUGCCGGUUUGUCCUCAAAUCCGGACAUCAGAUUCACCGAGUCACAGAUCAAAUGUUACAUGCAGCAACUACUUUGGGGACUAGAGCAUUGUCAUAUGCGAGGAGUCAUACAUAGAGACAUUAAGGCAUCAAACAUUUUGGUCAAUAACAAAGGAGUUUUAAAACUUGGAGACUUUGGGCUAGCAAAUGUGGUCACAGCUAAGAACAAACACCAAUUGACAAGCCGUGUGGUGACUUUAUGGUAUAGAGCUCCUGAGCUUCUUAUGGGAUCUACCAGUUAUGGAGUAUCAAUCGAUUUAUGGAGUGUAGGAUGUGUUUUUGCUGAAAUCCUCAUGGGAAAACCAAUCCUAAAAGGCAGAACCGAGAUUGAACAAUUACAUAAAAUCUACAAGCUUUGUGGAUCUCCACCGGAUAGUUUCUGGAAAAAAACUAGGCUUCCGCACGCAACUUCCUUCAGGCCUCAACAUACUUAUGAAGCCACACUUAGAGAACGAUGCAAAGAGUUAUCAACAACUGGUGUUCUUCUAUUAGAAACUUUACUCUCUAUGGAAGCAUAUAAGCGUGGGACUGCUUCAUCUGCACUUAACUCUGAGUAUUUCUUGACGAGGCCUUAUGCGUGUGAUCCUUCUUCAUUGCCUAAAUAUCCACCAAACAAAGAGAUGGAUGCUAAAAAUCGCGACGACAUGCGCAGGAAAAGAGCAAACCUCAAGCUUAGAGAAUCUGGAGUUGGCAGGAAACACAAAAGACCACAUAGAGAAGAACAAGAUCCAAAAAGUUACGCUAAGCUGCCAAUAAGACAGGACACGUUUGAGGAUAAAAACAUAACAAAUGAGGAGGGUCCAAGAGCCACUACAACAACACAUGGAAAUUACUACAAACUCUCUGACCUCCCAUUGACGACAGGACCGGCCAGUGGCUUUCCGUGGGCUGUGAAAAGACGAAAAGAUCCUGAUAAUAUCUCCACUCUUACCUACUAUCAACCAAGCUCAAGGAGCCAAUUGAGCGAAACAAGUGCCGCUUUUGCCAAGAACACUUUUGGUUUGAACCUCAAACCCGAAAAUGAAUCAGCUUACGAGAUUCAGGGAGACAACGAUGAUCAGAUUAUGGAGGAGUUACCCAGUGAGGACAAGCUAAGCCGUACUGGUAAACGACACGGAUCACUUGAUGGGUCUGGUUUGGAUUUCAGCCAAAGAGAGGAGGACUCUCCAUUAAAGAAGAACUUAGAGCAUCUACAGUUCGGAAAACAGAGCAUAUCAGGACCGCUAAUAUUUAAAUCAGGCAAGAUCGACGAAAUUUUGCAAAGGAACGAAAGUAAUAUCCGGCAAGCGGUCCGAAAAUCCCACAUCAAAAUGGAACAAGAUGACAGAUAAACCGGAAACUCAGAAUUAUCGAGAAGCAAAAUUCCACAAUUCAUCGUUGUUAGAAAAAGGAGAAAAAAAAUAUACAAUAAUACGGAAAUUUUAUGAAACCGAUUAAUAAUGUUUCUGAGCCUAAUCUAUGAGUGACCAACCUAUGGAGGUUGCUAAACCAAUGAUAAGCAUUCCCAGUUAGUACAAAUGUAGUUUGUCCUACUUUUGCAUCGUCAUUGAACACUCUUUGAUCAUGAAAAUAGUCAUCAUUAGGUCGAAACUCCAUUCAAUUGCAUUUGUAGUACCAUCAUAAGGUGGAAACUCUAUCUUUGAUGGUGGCACCACACGCAUGUCUGAACUGCUGCCUCCACCAUCUUUGGUAUCAUAACUAUCUCCCCAACCAACUCCUCCUUGAACCCGAAUACUUGCGUGAGAUUCACUUGCGAUUAUGUUAACAGAAUUAUGUUAUAUGUCACUCAUCUUUGGUAUCAUAACAGAUCCACUUGCGUGAGAUCUCUCAAAAUUAUGUUAAAAAUAUUUUAAUUUUUCUUUAUUCUUUCAGUUUAGCAACUCAUUACCAGUAAGACAUUUCUCAUGUUAAUCUUUUUCAUUUGGUUAUGAAUCUCUCCUCUCUUAUUGUUUAAUAAUUUGUUAACUAAAAUAAAGAUGAGAACAUGUGUUAGAGAUCCUGUUCAAGUAAGGUCGUAAACAUUAAGCUUUCCUCAUAACAUUGAGUUAAUAUAACAAGUCAAACGAUAAUACUUGACAGAUUUGUUGGUGAUACUCACAAAUUAAGUUUGUCAAUCAAAAAGAAACUUUACACACAAGAGUAAAACUUUUCACUCACACAUCAAGAAAAAAAUGAUAUUUUAAUAUUUUAUGUAGUUUUUCUAAUGUAUCACAAUGCAGAUGUCGAAUGAGUAUAUCAUCGACUGCAUUACAUUCUGAGUGAUGAACGAUAUGAGAAAUAUAUAUCAUCUUCAUUAAGUUUUUCAGAGUUUCAAUAUUGCUUUAAGAUUAGAUCACCUGUUGAAUGAGUAUAUAAUCAGUCAAGGUUGAAAGUUAAUGAAUGUCAGAUGGAAAACUAGUAAUAAAAUAUCAUCUUACUGAUCGUAAAUAAAUCUUAUUUGGACGUUAGAUAUCAUAAUAAGCGAUUUGAAAUUAACAUUGACAAAAACAUUCAACAAUAAAUGGAUUGGGAACACAUUUAAUAUGACACCCUUUCUUGCAGUGAAUUUUGUUUGGGUUGAUAGCCUCCUGCGAAGAAGCUUCAUGGUGCAACAACACAGUUUGAGAAGCUUCAUCUUGUAGUAACCGGUUCGCUCCAGUUUCUGUGAUACUCAUCACUAGAAAACCAUAAGAAAACAUAUGUUAGCAAUAAUACACUAUUAUAAAAGAUCUUACACAUGGAAUAUGUAAUAUAAAUAUUUACCGGAGCUAAUAGCUAUGAAGAUAAAGAAUGCAAGUUUCAUUGAUAUUUUCUCCAUACCGUUUUAGAGAUUGAAGAUAAUAUGAAUGGUCUUCAUUUAAUUGUGAAACCCUAUUUAUAGAUUAAUAAAGUAACGGUACUUAAUUUAGUCAAAUUAAAUUAUAGAAAUAAAAUCAAUAAAGCUACUCCCUCCAUUUUUUAUUACUUAACGUUUUAUACUUGCGCACACAAAUUAAAAAAAAAAUUCUUAUUACAGUUUUUUUAGAAAUAAAAACAUUAUUAACUAUUCACCUAACCAAAUUUUAAUUCAUUAAUAACAAACUGUAGGAAAUAAAAGUUAUAUAACAUGUAAGGUUACAAAAAAUUGCAUUAAAAUUUAAAACGUCAUCUAAUUUAAUGCAAAUAAAAUUUUCCAAAACAUCAUCUAUUAAAAGUAUAA